AUGGCUUCGAGACCUACCGUCACCAUCAUCGGCAAGGAUGGCAAGUCCUCCGGCAACACCCACACCCUGCCGGCUGUCUUCCUGAGCCCUAUCCGUCCCGAUAUCGUCCAGGAGGUUCACAAGGGCCUGGCCAAGAACAAGCGCCAGCCCUACUCCGUCAGCGAGAAGGCCGGUCACCAGACCUCUGCCGAGUCUUGGGGAACUGGUCGCGCUGUUGCCCGUAUUCCCCGUGUCUCCGGUGGUGGUACUCACCGUGCCGGUCAGGCCGCCUUCGGUAACAUGUGCCGUUCCGGUCGCAUGUUCGCCCCUACCAAGACCUGGCGCAAGUGGCACGUCAAGGUCUCCCAGGGCCAGAGACGUUACGCUACCGUUUCCGCUAUCGCCGCCUCCGGCGUUGCUCCCCUCCUCCAGGCCCGCGGUCACCAGGUCUCCAACGUCCCCGAGGUCCCCCUGGUCGUCGACUCCGCUCUCUUCGAGAACGCCGCCGUCGCCCGCACUGCCGCCGCUGUCUCUCUCCUGAAGACCGUCGGUGCCUCCGACGACGUUGAGAAGGUCAAGAAGUCCAAGAAGCUCCGCGCCGGUAAGGGUAAGCUUCGUGGCCGCCGCCACCGCCAGCGCCGCGGCCCCUUGGUCAUCUACGACCCCGAGGUCGACGGAAAGGAGCUCGUCACCGCGUUCCGCAACGUCCCCGGUGUUGAGACCUCCCCCGUCACCGCCCUCAACCUCCUCCAGCUCGCCCCCGGUGGCCACCUCGGCCGCUUCGUCGUCUGGACCUCGGCCGCCUUCAAGUCCCUGGACACCAUCUACGGCACCACCACCACCCCCUCCGCCCUCAAGAAGGACUUCCUCCUGCCCUCCAACAUCGUCUCCCAGAGCGACUUGACCCGUCUGAUCAACAGCUCGGAAACUCAGUCCGCCCUCAACGAGCCCAAGGGUUACGCCGUCACCCGCCGCUCCGCGGUCCAGAAGAAGAACCCCCUCAAGAACAAGCAGGUCAUGCUCCGCCUGAACCCCUAUGCCUCGGUAUUCGCCAAGGAGGCUGCCCAGAAGAAAUAA